AUGUCUUCUUCAUCGACUAAGUCGAAUCCCCAAAUGAUUCACGACGUGUUCCUGAGUUUCAGAGGGGAAGACACGCGCAGCAACAUCGUUUCUUACCUCUAUUCUUCACUCUCAAAUGCAGGAAUAAACACUUUUUUUGACGAUAAUAUCAUCAAAGGACAAAGAUUGUAUCAGGAGCUGUGGCGAGCAAUUGAAGGGUCCAAGAUAUCUAUCGUUGUCUUCUCGAAGAACUAUGCUGAGUCUAGUUGGUGUCUUGAAGAAUUGGAGAAAAUCAUGGAAUGUCACAGGAAUAUGGGUCAGGUGGUUAUACCCAUAUUUUACUAUGUUGAUCCGUCCGAUGUAAGAAAACAAAAGGGUAGUUUUGGAGAAGCCUUGGAAAGACUUGCAGAAAUGUAUUCACGGAUGACAGAUGAGUUGUUUCGUUGGACAAUUGCACUCACCGAAGCUGCUAAUUUGGCAGGUUGGGAUGUCAAGAAUUCCAGGAGCGAAAGCCAAGUAGUGAUGGAAGUUGUUAAUUUUGUAAUGACAAACCUAAACAACACAUUAUUGUCUAUUACGGAUUUCCCAGUUGGAUUAGAAUCUCGUGUGCAACAUGUGACUCAAUUUUUGGAGCAACAGUCAAGCACAGUUUGUAUAGUAGGGAUUUGGGGAAUGGGUGGACUGGGAAAAACAACCAUAGCCAAAGCUAUCUACAAUGAAAUCCAUCUCAAAUUUGGAGAUAGGUGUUUCCUAGAAAAUAUUCGAGAAGUUUGCAAGGACGAUAAAGGUCAAAUCCAUUUACAAGAACAACUUCUUUCAGAUAUCUUGAAAACAAAGGUGAAGAUACAUAGCAUUGCAAUGGGGAUAACUACAAUCGAGAAAAGACUUUGUGGUAAGAGGGCGCUCAUUGUACUUGAUGAUGUAACUAAGUUUGAGCAAUUAAAAUCCCUAUGUGGAAAUUGUAAAUGGAUUGGUCAAGGAAGUGUAAUAAUCAUUACAACAAGAGAUGUGCGCUUACUUAAAGUACUUAAAGUUGAUUAUGUCUAUAAAAUGGAAGAAAUGGAUGAAAAUGAGUCACUUGAGCUUUUUAGUUGGCAUGCCUUCAGGGAAGCAAGUCCAAGAGAAGACUUCACUGAACUCUCAAGAAAUGUAGUUGCUUAUUGUGGAGGACUACCACUAGCUCUCGAAGUCCUUGGAUCUUAUUUAUUUGAGAGGACUGAACAAGAGUGGAAAAGUGUACUGUCAAAGCUAGAAACAAAUCCCAAUGAUCAAGUUCAAGAGAAAUUAAGAAUAAGCUUUGACGGUUUAAGGGAUCAAAUGGAAAAAGAUAUAUUUCUUGACAUAUGCUGCUUCUUUAUUGGUAAAGAUAGAGCCUAUGUUACAGAUAUUCUAAAUGGUUGUGGACUCCAUGCUGAUAUUGGAAUAACUGUUCUCAUAGAGCGGAGCCUCAUCAAAAUUGAAAAGAAUAACAAACUUGGAAUGCAUGAUUUAUUGCGUGACAUGGGAAGAGAGAUUGUUCGUGAAAGUUCAACAAAAGAACCUGAGAAGCGUAGCCGAUUGUGGUUUCAUGAGGACGUAAUUGAUGUAUUAACAAAAAAUACUGGGACAGAAGCUAUUGAAGGGUUGUCUUUGAAGUUGCACGGUACUGGCAGAGAUUGCUUUAAUGUUAGUGUUUUUGAGGAAAUGAAGAGAUUGAAACUGUUGCAACUCCAUCAUGUGCAACUUGCUGGAGAUUAUGCAUAUCUUUCUAAGCAGCUGAGAUGGGUCUCUUGGCAAGGAUUUCCUUUAAAAUACAUACCUGACAACUUUUAUCAGGGAAAUGCUGUUGCGAUUGACUUAAAACAUAGCAAUAUUAAACUAGUCUGGAAGCAGCCACAGUUGCUGAGGUGGCUAAAAAUCCUCAAUCUUAGUCAUUCCAAGUACUUGACAAUAACACCUGACUUUUCAAAUCUACCAAAUCUUGAAAAGCUUAUUCUCAAAGAUUGUCCAAGUUUGUUCAAGGUGCACGAUUCCAUUGGAGAUCUCCGCAGUCUUCUGCUGAUAAAUUUGAAGGACUGUAGAAGCCUUAGGGGUCUCCCAUGUGUAAUGUAUAAAAUGAAAUCUGUGAAAACUCUUAUCCUUUCUGGCUGUUCAAUGAUUGACAAAUUAGAAGAAGACAUAGUGCAGAUGGAAUCCUUGACUACUCUAAUUGCAGAAAAUACUGCUGUGAAACAAGUGCCAUUUUCCGUAGUCAGAUCAAAAAGCAUUGGAUAUAUAUCCCUAUGUGGAUAUGAAGGCUUAUCACGCGAUGUUUUUCCUUCUCUCAUUUGGUCUUGGAUGUCACCAACAAUGGAUCCUCUCUCUUGCAUUCACCCUUUUAGAGUCAUGCCAUCGUCGCUUGUUUCUAUUUAUUUACAAAAUAAUUAUUCGAGGGAUCUGUCACCAAUGCUUAGCAUCCUUUCAAAACUUCGAAGUGUUUGGGUGCAAUGUGAGACAGAGAUUCAACUAUCUAAAGGGUUGAGAACAAUUCUGAAUGAUGUGUAUGGUGUAGAUUAUACUGAACUAGAAACAUCAAACACAUCAGAAAUCACAAAAUACUCCUUGAGGUCUUAUUUGGUCGGAAUGGGAAGUUACCAAGAAGUCUUCAAUACUCUCAGCAAAAGCAUAUCAGAGGGAUUGACUAACAAUGAGCCGUGUGAUGUUAUUCUCCCGGGUGACAAUUAUCCAUAUUGGUUGGCCCACACAGGUGAAGGACAUUCAGUGUUUUUCAUAGUCCCUCAAGAUAGUUGUAAUCGUAUGAAGGGAAUGACUGUGUGUGUUGUUUAUUCAUCACCCCCUGAAAACAUGGCAGCUGAAUAUCUUAUUAGUAUCAUGAUUGUUAAUUACACAAAGUGCACCAUCCAGAUAUUUAAGCGAGACACAGCAAUUUCUUUCAAUGAUGAAGAUUGGCAAGGCAUAGUAUCACAUCUAGGAUCUGGUGACAACGUGGAGAUUUUUGUUAAUUUUGGUCACGGAUUGUUUGUCAAGAAGACAGCUCUCUAUCUAAUGUAUAACGAGUCAACUGACGUGAAAGUAGAGCCUUCUCCCAAGCCAAAGAAAAAUGCCUUUGUAGGAAUCAUAAAGAAGUUCAUAUCGUGUAUGAAUCAAUCGUAG